GUGGUGUAAACAAACCAUAGGCUCGUCUCCCUUGCUGAGUGUAAACAACACCCUCGGCUCACAGGAAGUUCCUAUCAAGUUUGCUUCAUCCUUCUGCAGGCCCAAUUUCUUCAUUUUUUAUUAAGUGGGCGCCAGAUCUAGACGAGGAUGGCGCCUACUAGGGACAUCAACGUGGUUAAGCUUGCAGUGGAAAUGCGGGCAAUGGACUCCAAGACUGUGCCCUUCCUUGGAGAGUUCAGUCUGCAGGACCCUCUGGCAGCAUUUAUUGCUGAGCUGUGUGUCCACUGGAAGGUAGAGCAUCCAGAGAACUUUGCCCUGCAGUACACGGAGCCGUCUGUAUACUAUGUCACUGAGAAGAACAGAAGCAAGAUAAAGGAUGGCACUGUGCUCCACUUGGUCUUCUCGGCGGGCAAAAUGGCGGAAGAUAUAUUGCUGAAACUUCGCAAGACACCUGAUGAGAAAAAGGAUGCACUAGAGAAGUUGGUCCGCUUGAGCAGUGAUCCCACCUUUGCCAAUGAAUUCAUUGGAAAACAUGGAAUGAGUUUUCUGAUCACAUGUUUGGAGAUGGCCAAGCAAGAUUCCCCCAUGCUACCUCUCAUCCUUUCUUCAUUCCUGGAGCUGAUGGACCAUGGAAUAAUGAGUUGGGACAAACUGGAGCCAACGUUCAUUGAAAGAGUUGCCAUGUAUAUUAAUACCCCCACACCAGUUGAUAUGAGGACACUCAACUCUUCCCUCACCAUCCUAGAGAACAUUGUCCUCAACAGCCAGAGGAAGUAUACCAUAGUUGAAAAGCAAGUAACCAUUCCCAAGUUGCUGAACCACAUCUCUAGUAAUAAGAAAGGUGAGAUUCAUCAGGCAGUAUUGGCUCUGGUUAAUGCACUCAUCCAGAAGUCAGAGCCACAGAAGAAGAAGUGGUGUGCCACCCUCACCAACCGCCAGCACCGCACCAUUAUCUAUAACAAUGUAGUUCUGAUGCACAAUGAGAGCACAUCAAGUGGGUCAGACUUGGCACACCAGCUGUAUGUGUUGGAGCAGCUCCUCCUGAACCAGUAUGAGGAGCGCAUGAACACCUCCAUGGACGUGAAUGACCAGGAUGCAACAGAAAAGAUAAAAGAAUUGAGAAAGAUUGCUUUUGAGUCAGAUGGAGAGGUUCCUUCUGGCAUCACUCCACGAAGACCUGAGUACAAAAAGGAGUACAAAAAAUUGGGUUUCAAGAAUGACAUCAAUCCAGCCCAGGACUUCAAGGACACUCCCCCUGGAAUGCUUGCCCUGGACAACAUGAUCUACUUUGCUCGGAACCACACAGACCAAUAUGCAAAGCUGGUGUUAGAGAACUGUUACAGAGCUGACUCCCACGAGUGUCCUUUUGGCCGGGCCAGUAUAGAGCUCACCAAACUGCUCUGUGAAAUUCUUAAGAUAGGAGAUGUGCCCACUGAGCAGGGCCAGAGCUACCACCCAAUGUUCUUCUCCCAUGACUGCAUGUUUGAGGAACUCUUCUCCAUCUGCAUUGUCCUCCUUAACAAAACUUGGAAGGAGAUGAAAGCCACUACAGAAGAUUUCAGCAAGGUGGUGAGUGUGGUGAAGGAACAAAUCAAACGUUCAAUAUUCAAGCAACCCUCAACCUUGGAUGAAUUCAAGAAGGAAAUCAACAACCUGACAUACGCUGGAAUUGCUGAAAUCUGGCGGCAGGAACGACUCAACAACGAGGAACAGGAGAUGCAGGCGCCUCCAAUCAAGGAGCUGCGCCGUGCCCUGGAGCCAGACAUCCUGGAGCUGAUCCAGCAACACCGCCUCAGGUUCUUGGUGGAGGGGACCAGGUUCAAGAUUGCCCGAGGAGUGAGGGCCAAAGACAAGUUCAGGUACUGUCGACUUUCCCCCAACCACAAGUUCCUCCACUAUGUUGACGGUGAUGAAAAGUCUGCCCCCAGCUUGGAUGAGCAGUUCAAGAAAAUCAGUAUUGCAGACAUCAAGAGUGUAGUGACAGGAAAGGAGUGUCCGCACAUGAAAGAAAAAGCAGUAAAGAAGAAUCCUGUCAAUCUAGCUUUCUCUGUACUACUGGACAGUACAGAGACAACUAGUGUAGACUUUGUGGCACCAGAUGAAAGGACAUACAACUACUGGGUUGAUGGACUGAACGCCCUUCACCGUCAGACAAUGCCAAGCCCACAGACCUCAGCAGAUCUGGAAAUCCUACUGAACAUGGAGAUAAAGCUGCGGUUGCUGGAUGCUGAGGGAGUCACCAUUCCCUCCAGCCCUCCUCCAAUACCUCCUCCUCCUCCCAACUACUCAUUCUGCUACCAGCUGCCCUAACUGGAGACAUUGUGAUGGAGGCUGUGCAUCCUUCAUUCAGUAAAGUUAUUUGGUGUGCUGUAUGGUGGUGACUUUACAAGACUUUUCCUCCAAACUAUAUACAGUAUUGUAGUAUUUAAUAUAGGUAAACAAAUCCUUCUUUAUUUGUUCUCUCUUUUCUUCUUUAAUAUUACAAAUCUUUUAGAUAAUAAUCCCAGUGAAUUAGUUUAAGUUUAUGUGGUAACUGCAUGGAAAAAUUGAUCAUAUCAAUAAGUCAUCAAGCCAUUACAUGAUAAAAAGCCUCAUGUCAGUGACAAAUCUCAAUCAGAGGGUUAGUUUGAGUACCUCAGGCAGUUCAGAGGUGAGGUGAGUGGCAUCCUGCUGACCAGCAGGUUCACCUGUAAGUUAUGAAGCUCAAAUAUAUUAAUAAGGAAUUAUGAUAGUUUUCCAAGUCUUCAUUUGAAAAUGUAUAGUAAACUAUGUUACUCUGUUUCACAUGAUGGAAAAUGUUCAAAUUUGUUGGAGUUUUAAAUAGUAAAUAUAUUUUAAUCUCAUGAGUUGCAUACAUAUAUAGUUAGAGACGCCUUACAUCAAGAAUCAACUUUCAGAGCACACUAUUCUAUUCUUAAGGGAAUUAAUAAAAUUUAUGACAUUAUUCCUUUGUACCACAUAACAUCAACCUUCAUUGUUAUGUUGAAGACACUUGUUAUUUUAUUGUUACUUUUAGCCAUUGAAAAUGAUAGAUAGAGCUAUUUUUUAUGGUUAGGGCAUAUUGAGUCAUGCCACAACACAUUUGCUUAUGGUGUUCUGAAUUGUUCACAUAAGUUUUAUUGUACUGGUUCAUCUUGCCAGAAGAUUUGGUUCAUUGUAUUGAUAAGAUAAAUAGUUUAUGCAAUUUUUUUUUUUUUUUUUUUUUUUUUUUUUUUUUUUUUUUUUUUUUUUUUUGUGGAGAGUGCAACACCUGCCCAGAAGAUCUAAAUAGUAAUAUUUAUACCUGGAUUGUGUGAACUUGCAAUGACCUUGCCUUCAAGCUGCUGCUGCUUGCAGGGAAGGUCACUCAGGUGCUAGAACAUACCUGUUAUUUUGAUGCUGAAGAAAAGACAUAACUUUCUUUUGUGAUAUAUUUUGGUAGUUAGAUCAUUAAAAGUACAUAAACACACACACACACACACACACACACACACACACACACACACACACACACACACACACACACACACACACACACAUUACAUCUGAUACCAUUGAUUUGUUUUUUUCUACUAUGUAUAAAAUUAGGAAUAUUGUGAUGAAAAUCAUCAUUCUAUUCUCCAUUUUCUGUGGUUUUCAGUGGAAGCACUGUUAAUCAUAGGAAACAACCUCUUUUUAAUAUGUAUUGUAAAUGUUUCCACAUCAAAUUGUCUCUUGUAAGCCUGCUGUCUCUAGUAUUUACACAUCACACAUCAUCUUUGUAUUCUUGCCUAAAAUUAAAUCAUUGUAGAUUCAUAUUCAUUUUUACACAUAGGAAACAUGGAAUAGUUUCUUAAUUUCUAUUAGAAUUUCAGCACAUUCCAGGGAUCAUUCCACACACUAUUAAUUGAUAAGUGCACACACACACACACACACACACACACACACACACACACACACACACACACACACACACACACACACACACACACACACACACACACACACACACACACACACACACACACACACACACACACUUGUUUUACCUAAUCUAAGACAUGAGGUAUGCUCAUACACAACAACAGUGGAAAGUACCUCUCUGGUAAUGUUACUACUCCUACACAAAGCUCUCUCUCUCUUUUUUUUUUUAUUACUAUUGUUUAAACAAAGUGCUAUACCAAAUUUAGUGUAUGAAGAAAUUUUAAUUUGAAAGCUAUUGUCAUGUGCAUAGUGAGUGGAACUUUAUGAAAAAAAAAAUGAUGAAAAUGUAAACAUAAAAGUAACUGAAUGCUAUCAUUAAAAUAACAUUCAGUCAUUAAUUGUAAGAUUACACUGUGUAUAUUGUGAUUAUUUCUUGUCUCUAUGCCAGAUCCUGAAAAUAUGUUGCUGUGUAAAUAUUGCAUAGUACUUGUGUCUUGCAGCAUAUAUAAAGAUUGCUCACUUGUAUGAUGGAGUUUAAGGAAUAUUUUCUGCAUUGCUGCAGCUUCUGGUAUUCAUUUUCUGAAGCUUGGUAUGUAGUACCGAGAUCCUCUGAUAGCGUCUUGUAAUGGUUCAGAGAUUUUUGGCUGCAUGAAAUAAGUGAAAGUAAUUACUGAUCAUCACAGUUACAACAUAACAAACUGGUCAAUCUGUUUGUGCCAAAGUCUACUAGGUAUUAAUUUGGUUUUUAGCCAUUAAGGAGAAUUAUUAUGUACAGAUACUACAUAAUAGAUAAAGAACAAUUUUAUCUUUAGAUUCCAAUAGUAUGUAGAUCAAAUUCAUCUAUAUAAAGCAUUGGUUUUACAAUAAACUGAAAUUGUAUUUCAUGAUAUUUUAUCUCAA